AUGGCUGCCAAUGCAAAGGUCGGGAUCAUCACUGGCGGGGCCUCGGGAAUCGGUCUCGAAGUCGCCAAGUUUCUCGCCGAGAAGGGCUGGAUAUUGCAUCUCUUCGAUCUGAACGAGGAGGCGGGCGAAAAAGUGACCAAGUCUAUCGCAAACUCACACUUUUACCCAGUCGACGUCACAAAGUGGGAGUCUCUGUCGCUAGCCUUUGACAAGGCUUUCAAUGUCUCAGGCCAUAUUGACUUCGUUUUCGCAAACGCAGGCAUUGUAGAGCGUCAUAACUUCUAUGCCAAGGUAGACCAGCGACCGCCACCAGAACCCAACCUGUUGAGUGUAGACAUCAACUACAAGAGCGUGGUUAGCACGGCCUACUUGGCUCAGCAGUACUUCCGAUCGAGCCCGCAUGAGGGAAAGGGGGCAGUCUUGGUAAUGACUGCUAGUUGUGGCGCUUUUUACCCCUCCCAGUUUUGUCCUCUGUAUUCGGGAGCAAAAGCAGGAGUAGUCAACUUCAUGCGGUCCAUUGCUUUUCCAUAUCAUCACUACGACGGUGUUCGAACAUAUGCCAUUUGUCCUGGCAGCGUCCGCACAGGGAUACUCAAUGCUGAGGAGUGGAAGCUCUGGCCAGAACACUACUUCACAGACAUCUCAAAGGUCUCCUCUACAGUCGAGAUGUUGAUCGAAGGCGGCGAUAUGGAAGAUUCUUGGGGAAAGAAGGUGCCAGCAAGUGCAAAUUAUGGUCUAGCAGUAGAGAUUUAUCGGGGUGAGAUAUAUUUCAGAGACCAAGUUGACUAUUGUGACGAGGUCAUGAAGGAGAUGAUGGAAAAAGGCAACUUGGAAUACCAAGUUGCGAACUUCAGAGAGUAG